UUGGAAGGUUGCAGUAGGUAAAUUCAGAAGGAAAAUAAAAGAUCGUUUGGUCGUUGCAUUUGGUGUUCCACCGUUUGUAGCAAUGUUAACCACAUUCACCAACCUGGCACGCCUGUGCAGGAUUUGCCUGCGCCAUCUGAGAGACAGGGAAUCCCAGAGUCCCGACACACGACUUAUUGCGAUCCUCCAGAAGUUCCUGGACAUUGACAUUUUGCAACAGCCACAGGGAUUCCCUAAGGAGAUCUGUAAUCUGUGUCACAAUGCGGUGCUCUACUUCGAGGAACUGUGCCAAGUGGCCAAGGAAUCCAGCCAGAAGCUCAGCGAAAGCCGGUCAAUGACCCUUUCGCUGGACAGUGUGGAUGUAAAGGAGGAGCUACUGGAGGAAGCACUUGAGGAAUAUGUAACGAAAGACCAGGAGGAAAUGGUGGUUGAGCAGGAAGAGCUGCGGGAUAACCCGCCGGAUGAAUCGUUGGAUGAACCGCCAGUUGACACACCGGAUGAGCCGACCAAGAAGCAGGGGGAUAAGGAAGAGAUUCUGAAGGACCAGGAGGAAGAAGAAUACCAGGAAGAGUCCAAGGACAGCCACGAUAGUCACGAUCAGCUCAAUCAACCCGUUAAAAUAAGAAAACGACACAACGGCUUCGCCUGCGAUCAGUGCGGGAAGCAGGUUUACAAGCUGCCUUAUCUGGAGGCCCACAUCCGCAGCGUUCACCAGGGCUUUUCGAAGCCCUUCCUGUGCCGCAGCUGCGACAAAUGCUUCACCCGCUACGAGCAACUGCGCGUCCACAUGCGCAAUGUCCAUCCCCCGCUGAAUCAACUGCAAAAGGAGCUGCGCGACCUCAUCUGUGAGCUGUGCAACCGCCAGUACAGCACAAAAAAUACCUUGGUCGAGCAUUUGAAACGACAUGCCCAGCGCAAGGAGCACGUGUGUGAGUUCUGCGGCGUGGCCAAGGUGACGAAGACAGAGCUGCUGACCCACCUGCGCACCCACAAUCCCACUUGUGAGAGCUUUAAGUGUAAGCAGUGCCCGCAACUGUUCCGCCACAAGAGCGCAAUAAGCCGGCAUGUUCGAGUCGUUCACGAGGGUCAACGUCGAUUUCAGUGCGGUGCUUGCAAAAAGAGGUUUGGCACGCAUUCCUCUCAGAUGCGGCACGAACGGCUGCAUUGCAAGUCCACUGGAGCAGCAGAGUCUGCCGAGGAGUGGCCCUUUGCUUGCAGCCAUUGUCAGAAGCCUUGCGUUUCGCGGCAGACUCUGGAGGUGCAUCUGAGAAUGCACAGCGGGAUUAAGAGCCGCAGAACGAAAAGACGGGAGAGCAACGAAGAGGAGGAGGUGCAGGAUGAGAGUCAGGAAGACCACCACGAGCAUCGCAGGAAGAUGAGAAAGCUAAAAAGAAGAGAGCGCUUACUGGAAAACCAUUCAAGGGAGGCAGCCAAGUCGGCCCGUAGGAAGCAAGAUGAGAAAAAAGAAGAUCAAGAAAGCCAGGAUCAGGAUGAGGAUUCACUAUAUGAUUCACGUGAUCCAGAAUGGCAUCACGAAUAAGAGCAGGACGCAGAGCCAAAAUAGCGAAUAGAAGAGCAUUCCCAUGACUAUAAUUGAGAAAACAAUUGAGUUUAUAUUUAUAUAUAUGAAAUGAUUUACCAAGAACAAAGGUCUUCGCUGAAUAUUUCACUUGUGUUAAAGAUUAGAAAUGUUAAGCCUUUUCUAACUUUGCUAUUACCAUAUUAACUAUUUUCUACAUAUACUUACCAAAGUAUUUGAUUUUUAUUCGAUUUUUGGCGAAUAAUCAUCUUAUAAUAUUUUUUGACGGGAUACACAUAUUUUUUCGAUUAUGUUUUUAUAAAUAUUAAGCUGAAUAGACAAUAAUCAAAAUGAAAUUCUGUAUUCUUAUGUUAAAUCGUUCAAAUAAAUAAUAUUUUUCCUAA